GGAAUGACCGGAACAAUAAGACCAGCGCCAAAACCAAAAGAGGUGGCGGAGUGGCGACCGUCCCUAGGAGAAAUGGAGUCGGGGGGACCCACCUUCGUCACAGGGGAAAUCGAUGUAUUAAACAUCGUCCGAGCCUUGGAUCAUCGGAGUCCCCUUCCAAUUGGUCACCUACUCUCGAUCUCCGAGCAAGCCAACGAGCGAAUGCUACAGCAUUGCAAGGCAAACAGAAAAUGAUUCGCCCUUGCCCGAACACCGAAUGCAAAAGCUAAAGACCCCGCACCAGAAGAAAACCCAAGGUCCCGAUCACGAGGAGUCUUCAUCCACGGAUGACAUUAGUGGAUUUGAAGAGCAGGAGUGCGAGGAAGAGAUGCCUAGCGAGAGGGAAUGGAAACACUUGGUCGACCUUUUCGAGCACAAAACCCCCGAGAAGUUUCGCAUGAUCCCCAUAGCCGCCCGAACCUUCCAUCCGGAAGACGGCACGCUCGCGCCUAUGGAAACCCAGGUCAGUUCUUCGAUCUUUCUCGGAGAACCCAUUUUGCAAAUAUCUUACCUGGCAGACGAUUUGGACCCCCCUCACACCUUGUACGAGGGAACACUUUCCCUUCGAGGACGCUAUCAACAGGCGAAACAAUAUCUAGAUAUUUCUGUUUCCCCUCCAAGAUCACUGCUUACGACAGGAGCGACCAUCGCUCUGAUUAAACAAGACGCCGAAGCUCCUGUCGAUGACGUGCCCGAUCUAAUGCAAGAAAUGGUGGAUCUAACGGGACUAACAGUGGAAGGAACCUCAGCUGAUUCGAAAACUGAUGCUGAAGCUAAAGAGACAGAGAUGAUUAGCCCCGUUGAAUCCCAGAUGAUCGCGACUGUGUUUUCUGUCCGCACUAGCAACUCUAUUUUCUCUAGCGUCCACAACCGACGGGAUCGGCCUGCGGAUUGGAUCGAUAUGCCUCUUGAAAUACCCAAUCAACCAACCGUCACUCUCCCCGAUCACGUUCCCCUGGAAUUCCGACGAUCGCUAAUUAGCGUCUUGAAUGGGUACGCGGAGGUAUUGAGUGUGUGCGAUAAUGAUAUUGGGCUGUCUAAUGUGAUCGAGCAUGUCAUCAUAAUGGGGGAUCACCCACCCAUUAGCUGCGUUCCUUAUCGAUACUCGCCAGCCCAACGGGCGGCCGCGUUUCAGCGGAUCAAGGAAUUUGAAGCUAAUGGAUGGAUCGAACCCACAAUAGGACCUUGGUCGUUUCCUGUGGUAAUAGUGCCCCAAAAGGCCGGAGGGAUUCACAUAUGCAUCGAUUAUCGAAAGUUGAACGAUAUCACGAUCAAAGAUGUGUAUCCCCUUCCCCGGAUUGAUGAGUUGUUGGAUGCAAUUGGGAGUGCUCAAUUUUUCAGUAAGUUUGAUGUUCGACAUGGUUUUCGUCACCUUCUUGUUCGAGAGGAGGAUCGUCCGAAAACGGCGUUUGUGUUGUUCGAAGGUACCUGGCAAUGGUCCAGGUGUCUGAUGGACAUCUGCAAUGCUCCCGCAACCUUCCAGCGGGCCAUGAAUAUGGCUUUCCAGAACUUUGUGCGGAAGACACGGCUGACCCAUAGCAUUAUCAAUUAUUGCGUGAUCGUGUACAUGGAUGAUAUUCUGGUGUAUUCAAGUUUCUAUGAGGGACACGUGCAGCACAUCGAGUGGACGAUGCACGCUUUGAGAGAUGCUGGUUUCAAGGUGGCGCUCGAGAAAUGUCAGUUCUUUCUCACCAUCAUUUCCUUCCUGGGACACUUGGUGACGGACCAGGGACUCAGGCCGAAACUGCAAAAGGUGGCAGCCGUGAGAGACGCACCUGUGCCCACGACUAUCACUCAAGUUCGCGCCUUUUUGGGCUUGGCCUCGUACUACCGAAGGUUUAUCAAGGGCUUCGCGGCUAUUGCGGGUCCCCUCACGAAUCUGCUGAAAAAGGAUAAGUUGUUGAUCUGGACGCCAGAGUGUGACCAGGCGUUCUCGAAACUCAAGGCAACCCUUAUUUCGGCUCCGAUCCUUAUAAGACCGGAUCCUACGAAGCCUUUUGUCCUCAUCACGGACUGGCAACUGGAAGCAAUCUCAGUGAUUUUAGCCCAGGUGGAACCCGACGGACUCGAAUGCGUGGUGGAGUACGCGUCUAAGUCGGUGCCUGCUUGCAAGCGUAAUUACGCCGCCCCGACAGGGGAAUGCUAUGCAGCUCUGUGGGGGAUCAGCCACUUUCGAGCCUUUCUGUACGGGCGAAAAUUCACACUGGCUACCGAUCAUGAGCCACUAUUAGCCCUGAAGAAGUCUAAGGAUUACUCGGGCAUGAUCGGGAGAUGGGCGACAGUGCUGCAGAGCAUGGACUUUGACAUUCGUCAUCGGAAGCACGAGAGGCACGAAAAUGCUGACGGGUUGACGCGACUGCACCGACCCGAGAAGGUCCUCAAGAGCGAAGAAGUGAUUCCGUGGAACGAGCCCAAGGAGAAGAACGGACCGCGAUACGGACAAAUGACAUGGACACGGACCAGUGAGCAGACUACGUGCAUCGAGUACCUGGAGUUGCUGAUCAUCCAGGCUUGGAGAACGGACGUGGAAGGUGAUCUUCUCGGUUUCCUCUUCGGAUCGGUGCGGCCAGGCCAUAGCCAGCCUAUCGUUCAAGAACUCAUCGUCCCGAUCGUGCAAUUGGCUGACGAUCUCCCCCUCGACAUCGUUUCGCAAAGCGACGACAGUCCCGCCCCGCACGUCAUCACGAGGGCGUUAACACCGUAUCUUCAGUGGAUUGCUUGCUUGGAGGAACCCGGGAGCGACAACACCUUGCCAUCACGAAAGGAGUACUUAAAGUCGUACGGAAUCAUUGAUCGCGCCUUAUAUCCGAGGGAGCCUGAGGAGGUGUUUCAAGGAGAAGAAGAAGCCACAGAAGAAGAAGGCGACGUCGACGAAGAAACGUCAAAAGAAGGAAGCUAUAAAGAGUACAGCGAAGGAGAGCAGAGUGAGGAGGAGGAGCUAGAAGAAGAAGAAGAAGAAGAAGAAGAAGAAGAAGAAGAAGAAGAAGAAGAAGAAGAAGAAGAAGAAGAAGAGGAGGGAACCGGAUCGGAGUGGGAAGACUUGUCGGAGGAAGCGGCGCGUACAGGUACGGAAGCAAAAGAUCCCGAAGCGGCACGUAGAAGGGAAGAGAUCGCUUCCGGGAAAAACCAGCUGGAGAUCAUCAGUGGAGCGAGCCUGUGCAUCAACAACGACCCAACCAGGGAUCCAGAGCCCCCCGAGCCCGAAGAUGGUGGAUCAGCAACCGCGGCUCCGGGCACGUCACGACGGAGGCGGAGCCGAUGCCCCUCCCCCUCCACCCCAACCCGUCCCCCAGUUCGUCCACACACCGAUGCGGGGAAUCGGUCUUCGUCCCCGGUCGUUAUCCCGCCGUCCCCUUGAUUACCUCACCCUUUGCCAGAUCUCUACCCCCGUCACCUUCCCUCGCAACCCCUUCCCUCCCAACACUUUCGAGCACUUUUACUC